AUGUCCCAGGAAGGUUUAAGUGCCCUGCUGAUCCCGCAAGGCCCUGUCCUUGGAGCUGUGGGAGCCUACGACUGGUCUGGAGGAUUGACUCUAUAUCAAACCAGUAACCGAGAUCCAGAAUUUAUUAAUAUAUCCAGCACCCUCAAAGAUAUGAAUAAUUCCUAUCUUGGCUAUUCUUCUCAGCCUGUCCGGUUCAACGGGAGGAAUGGUCUGGUUGUGGGAGCCCCUCGCUAUGACCACAUCGGCAAAGUUGUCUACUUUGAGAAUGAAGCCCUGAGUGGGGAAUGGCUGCUGAAGAUGGAGGCAGUAGGGGAGCAGGUUGGUUCUUACUUUGGGGCAACUCUGUGCCCAGUGGACCUCAAUCAAGACACAAGCACAGAUUUAGUUCUGGUUGGCGCUCCCAUGUACUACGAUGCCACUGCAGGUGGAAGGGUUCACAUCUGUCUUGUUAAGGUAAGAGACUCCUGGGUCUAUGAAGCAGGGAAUAAAUGACGGUGGAAGACGGACAGCUCUAGAGUUUCUAUGAUUUCCAACCUCUGCUCAGAAAUUCCCAGGUAUAUAUUGUAAAUCAGGUUGAGGAGAAACUUUUGCUUUUAUUACAGGUAGUCCUUGCUUUACGACUGGUUGCUUAGUGACCCUUUGGAGUUCUGAAGUUACCCACAUUAUUUGUGACCUGGUUCUGAAAUUCUGGUCUGCAUUUGGGCAAUUAGCAACCAGUUUGCAUUCACAGCAUCCUGUGUUCAUAUGAACAACGUUUUACAACAAAUUUCCCGAAAACUAGCAUUUACUUCUGAUUUUUGGCAAAACUGGCCCUUAGCGAGCAAUUGGUUUGCUUGACAUCUGUGACAGUUGCUU